AUGAGACCUGUCUUGCCUACGAAUCAUCCUCUCAACACUCGGUCCUCAGACCGGCCUGACAGCUUGGUACGCCCUUCUUCGACUGUACCUACUGCCUGUUUCAUCACCACUGAGGCCGACCUUGACGCUCGCCGAGAUCGCUCCCGUCCGCGGUUCCGCCAGCAAAGCGAUCGGCGCAAGUGUAGUCGUAACUCGCGCCGGCCUUCAACCCCGCGUCAGCGACGUUCGCCUCCUCGUACCGGUCGUAAGCCUGCGAAUCCCGCAUCGGAGUUUGACGAUUCAGACGAUUCCUCUGUUGAAUCUGUCGUCGAACAAGAGUCCUUGAACUUGCCGUCGCAGCCAAGCACUCCCUCUCUGAUCGGUCUUUCGCAUUCUGGUUCUGUCAUGAGCAUCUCGUCGCAAAGCUGCUCCCUAGCAGGUCCCUCCAUUGACGCCCACAGCGAUUUGAUCCAUGACGAUGACUCCUUACCCGUAACAGAUCUGGCAGAUAAUCAAGAAAACCAAAACACGGUUCCUCAGCUUAUCAUGCCGAGCUUGAUGGUUCCACGGCGUCGUCCUUUCUCAGAAGUGGGUAAAUCUUUGGGCAAGCUAAAGAUCAUGGUCGCUGGGCAAUGCGGUAUUGGGAAAACUUCUCUCAUCAAGACUCUGGUAGAGCGUUGCGAGCACAUCGUUCACAUGGAUCCGAUAGAGAAUCGCAGUGCGUUACAUGCUACUGAAACAUAUGCCAGCUCGCGUCCACAGCCAUGGUGGCGAUCUGAUUCUGAACUCGCCAUGACAACGCGAAGGCGGAUUCCUACCACUGGCGAUGUCCUUGACAGGAAUGUAUGCUUUGUUGAAAGCCCAGGCCACCGACGAGGUGCCUCUGGCUCGUGGCGUGAUCUUCAUUAUGUCGAAUCUCACUUGGCAUCUCUGAUUAACAAGCCCAUGGCUGAUUCGGAUCUGUUCACCUUGGUCAACUCUGGCGCCGAGCCAGUUGUGGACGCUCUGCUCUACCUUAUUCCUCACAGCGGCAAGUUCAUCCAGGUUCGCUUGACCACCACGCUUGCUAAUGAGUUUCAGGCCUUGUACGAGAGGAUGUCGAUUCUUACUAGGGUUGACGAGCUUGCACCAGAGGAAAUCAAGCACAUCAAACAGCAAGUUGUGAAGAGUCUGGUUGAUAAGGAUGUGGACUACUUCUCAUUUGCGGGUCCUGGCGACUCAGAAGAGACCAAGUGUGUAUAUGCCGUUUCUACCGAAUCCCGGCCGGACUACGAUACCAUAGACGCCAGUACUCUUAUGGACUCGGAAUACAUCCCACCCCUUUUGCCUACAGACUUGGGCCGACUCGUCGACCACGUCUUUUCUCUGGACGGCAGCGCUCGAUUACGGCACUCUGCAGCAGUGAAAUGUAUCAAAUGGCGACGUGGUCACGGGGACAGCUUGCUUCAUAAUGCCUUGUCGAGCGGAGCCUUGGUCUCUCGAUCUAUUCCGGAGAGAGCCAUGAGAUUAAGGUCCUUCAGGCGGACCCCGAGCUGGGAUCGGCUGGAGCUCUAUAACUGGGCGAAUAACCUGCGCCAGAGUCUUCAAUCUGAGAGGUUAUACCAUCUGAUGGAAGAGAGGGCCAUUUCAAACACUGUGGCGAAGCAGUCGAUUUUAGUCCACGUCCCCAGCAACGGCAAGAAAAAGACGCAGUCCAAGAAACGGAAAGCUCCUCAGCCUACACAUCAGGAUCCACUCGGCCUCUUGGAGAUGGGGGGAGGUCUCAAGCAGAAAGGGAUGCUUGCCCUAGAAAUGGUGAGCAGUGUUGGCCUGGUUGGCUUGGUGGCUUCCAAGAUCAUGCACACCGGCUGGUCUGACGGGAUGUGUUCUGUUGUUGCAUCACGAAGGAAAAACGUAGAGGUUGGACGGCCGAGCAUGGUCCUGUCCUUCUAG